GAUGAUCGUGCCGUGAUAGUUCUUUCCCAUUGAAUUAUUGCAUUCCAGGAGAGGCAAAUGGCAUCACCCACGCCACCCACGAAUACCGGCGAAAGCCAAGAGCCCCUUCUUCCUUUCUUCCAUCCCGAUGGAUCUACGGACGUGAUCCCGCGAAUUUCCAAAGAAACACUUUUGGCUGUCCUGAAAGGACAGUAUUCCAACAGAUUUAACCAGCUAAAACUUAUCGAUUGCCGGUUCAACUACGAGUAUACCGGCGGCCACAUCGAUGGAGCUGUCAAUUUCAGCGACCAGGUCUUGCUCACCGACAGCCUCGUCGAUCCUCUUGUUGAUGAAAGAGUACUUCUUGUCUUUUACUGCGAAUAUUCUCUCUGGCGUGCUCCCCAGAUGGCUUGCCACGUUCGGUCUAGCGAUAGAAAAAGGAAUUAUGAGGCAUAUCCUAGACUGACAUAUCCAGACGUCUACGUGUUGGAUGGAGGAUAUAGUAACUUCUUCCCUGGGAAUGAACAUCGGUGCUCGCAACCGUAUUACAUCACUAUGUCCAAUAAGGAGCACUGGGAAGAGUGCGAACGAGAACUGAGUCGGUUGAGCAAACGCAAGCGGGGUUGGCGGUCUGUCAAUAUGUCUAGAAGCAAAAGACAACUAGUUUUCAAGUAA